AUGCUGGAUCGGGCCAAAGCUUUGGGAUUCACGCACUACAACCUGACCGAGCACAUUCCUCGCAGGAAGCAGAGUCAGCUGUAUCCGGAAGAGGUAGAAGCUGGGUUGGACCCACAAAAGCUAGCUCAGCGCUUCGAAGAGUAUCUCUUGGAGGCACGGAGGAUACAGCAAGAGAAGGGUCGGAGCGUGCUUGUAGGAGCAGAGACAGAAAACAUCCAAGCUGCAGAAGAUCAGAGUUGCUUACAGAACAACACGGAUUUGAGCGGCAUACACGAUCUCAUCGCCAUUCUUGAGGCGGACCACGGAACGGUACAGCUCGCCGGCAGCUCUGAGAGAAGGCCUGGCUCGGUAGGCAAGGGUCGCGUCGACUACCUUGUUGGCGGGGUUCAUCACGUCGGAAGCAUCCCUAUCGACUUCGACGUGCCAACCUUCGAACGAGCUUUACGGGUAUUUGGCUGGGAUGGCGUGGCUGAUCCUCACCCUUCAAGAAGCUCUUCCAAGCGACUCGCUCACUUGAGAAUAGCCGCUCACUACCUCGAUCAGCAGUAUGACCUGUUAAAGCAUGUCAGACCGGAAGUCAUCGCUCAUUUCGACCUUUGCAGGCUCUGGGAUCACACCUUGCCCCUUGCUCUGGAGCAACAUCGAGCUGCUGAUGAGGCGCUCGAACUUGGGCCAAAUGCAGUAGACUUAUACAAGCUCGAGCAGCUGGUCGAUGAGCGCACGAGACGCAAUGUAGCGUUUGCGAUCUCGUAUGGGGCACUGUUCGAGGUGUCGGGCGCAGCGGUGCGCAAAGGAUGGCCGACGCCCUACCCAGGCCUAGAGGUUUUGAAGGUAAGUCAGGCUGUCGACCUGAUGCUAUCCAGCCCUAUGCUCACACGUUGACAUCAAAUCCGCCCAGCUCGUGGUCUCGCUUGGCGGCAGACUCUGCCUAUCGGACGAUGCUCACUCUUUGGCACAGAUAGGACACUCGUUCCAGGCGGUCAAGGCGCAUCUCGACAGCGUGCCAGGCGCGUGGAACUCUCUACAUUACCUCACCUGGAAUGAGGAUGACCGGCCCGCGCUCUCGCACGAAGAAGGUCAGGCUCAGGAGUCGCAAAGAGAAGCACGAGAACGCUACUUGUUCGCGAAGGCGGUCGGCAGGGAGGUGGGCAACGGAUUCGACGACCCGACCGAGAUUUUCGAGAGAGGCACUCGAGCCAUAAAAUCAUCGGGCCCAAGCACCGAUGCACUGUUCUGGGUGGAGCUCGAGCAGAGGAGACAAAGGCUGGAUGAUGCACUCAGCUCAAAGCGAGCAGGUGGCUAA